AUGAUUUCUCCUCAAGGUGUCGCCCUGGCGGCCCUUCUCGUUUUGGGAGUACACUGUUCCCUUCUUGAUGACAUCCGCUCAAAGUUCGGCUCCCAACAAAGCUCACUCAAAUCCGGUCUUUUCGGACGCCGUAAGUUUAGCAAUAAUGCGGACAUUGAAAAAUGGAUAAUGUACAGCCAACACUGCAUUCUCUUCCGACUUCAAGAUGCCAUCGAUUGCUGCGGGAGCGGCAGCAGUGGUUCACUCGAGCAGUUCUCACAAGGGACAGCACCACAGCAGCGGAUCCUCCUCGGACACGCAUUCCCUGACCGUCGUCGGAGCAGACGGUAAGAAUCUUACUGAGGAGUCGGAGAAGAAGGCCGGAUUCAACAAGGAUUCGAAGGUCGAUCAGGCUCAAGAGAACUUGAUGUUGAAGACACAGGACGGCGGAGUGGUUUGUGGGAACGGGGAGGCAGAGAAAACAAGAGUCUGUUCUAGAUCAACCAGGGAGUCAGCCACAACAAGUCGUCAGUUGAUGAGGGAGAUUAUCUGUUAGACAGCUCGAAGAAACAGGAAGUUGACAAGGACGGACACCAGAUCAACAUCAACAACAAUAAAAUUGCUAACCACACCAGGUAAAUAACGCUUUCUAAAGUACGCAUUCUCAAAUUUCAGAGCCGCUGCUCUUGACGAGGCUAACCAGUUUUUCGACGCCAAAAACAAAGACGGAACGCAUUUCUCCAAUAACACUGGCCACAAAAAUACCGACGAACACCUCGGAAAGUACGAACUUGAGAACAACGCUGCUUCCGAAAUCGGAGCCGACGGAACCUCUCAUAACGUCACGAACGUGAGUGGAAUGCAUUGAAGACGGUAUCAUUACGAGUAAUUACAGACGAAAGGAUCUAUCGGCGACUCGCACAAGUCUGACCAGCUCGCUUACGAUCAGUCUGCGAGUGUGGAUGCUGCUGGCAACGUUCAGACUUCCAACUACAGUAAGAAGGCUUCGUCUGAAGCUGGGAACAGCGCCGACUUCUCCUCGAACAUGGAUGCAAUCAAGAACGCCGACGGAACAUCGUUCUCGAACUCUACAGGGAACUUUGCGAACACAUCAUACGCCAAGGCGGCUGCCGAAGAACUUAUGGCCAAGAAGAACGUCUCUGUCGAUGGAACCAUGUCCCUGGAGGCCAGCCACACCGGAAGCAACAGCAGCAAGAUCAACUCUGCUUCUGGAGCUUAUGCUGAUGUCAAUGCUGUUGGAGCUAACGGAACGAUGAGCCACGUUGUGAGCAACAAGACUAACGACUACGCGUUGGAUGAGGCGAAUGAGAGUGCCGGAAGUCUCAAGGCAGAAAUCGGAAAGAACGGAACCUACUCACUCAGUGAGAAGAACGUCGAGAGCGGAAGAAAGGUAAACAGAAUGGGAUAGAGAACACGGGAAAAUAUGUGAAUUUAGGACGAGAGCAACAACAACACCGCCGUUGAUCAAAUCGACGCAGUUGCUGCCGAUGGAUCAGUCAGCUCCCUCCACUCGAAGUCCGCCGACGGAACCUCAUUGAGCCAGCGCGGAAACAAGACUCACCAGUCGGAUCUCUCGAGAGAUGCCGAUGGAAACGUCAAGAAUCACACGAUCGACGGCUCUUACCGCAACAAGAAGACCGGACAGUUCGGAAACUUCGACAUGACCGCCAGUCAGAAGAACGCCGACGGAGCGAUGAGUCUGGCCACCUACGGCAACGACACGAACAAGAACACGUACGAAGCGGAGAAGACUGCUCAGGAGAACUUGGUGAGAUAAAUGGAAACAAUGAUUGCAAGGGACAGUCGCCCUUUUUCAGUUGGAACAGAACGCCGAUGGUACGUACAAGGAGGAGAACAAGGGAUCGAACUCUCGUGUCAACAGAACCGACGGAGGCUCCAACGUGCACGCAGCCAACUUUGCCAAGGGACUCAACGGAGUUAUGGUAGGCUCGCGGAAGUUUGCAUAGAUUAUUUGUGAAUGUUGCAGUCCAACGAGACUGUCUCUGCUUCGAACGCCUUCAACACUUCCGACGCCGAGUCCAACCAGUAUGACCACCUGAAGCAGAAGAGCGCCAAUGGAACGAUCGUCGACCACGCCAAGGACAGCAAGCAGGUCGCCGCCUCUUCCAACUCCAAGUCUUCUCUCGACAGUGCUUCUUCUUCGGUUGAUGCCGCUGGAAACAAGAAGUCGCUCGUGAACAGCGAGGCGAAUGAUUCACACGACGCCGUCAGUAUGAGCAACGACACGGAUGCGUCGUCAAUUCAACACGCUGACGGAUCGAAGACGCAGAUCGUGGAUAGCAGUGUGCAGGGUGUCAAUGAGCACAAUGAUUCGUCGAAGAAGAAGUUGCAUGCACUCGAGCAGAACUCUGACGGCUCUUUCAGCGAUGUGAGCAGUGAUUCGGCCACCAAGAAUGCUCAGAAGGACGCCACCGACCAGAGAACGAACGCGUUUGUGAAUGUGGAUGCAGCUGGAAAUUCUGUGCAGGAAUUGAAGACUAGUCUCGUUGAGAAUCACAAGAAUGAUACAGUGAGCUUGGAGAUGAAACAUUUUUGCAAUGAAAGUAAAUAUUACAGGAUGCGUCUUCGAACCAGAAUGUUCACGUGAAAUCAAAGGAUGGUUCCGAAUUGAACGACGUCAAGAAGACGAAUGUUUCCACGUCGUCACUGACGGAAGCACAACUUGCGUCAAAUAGAAAGAACCUACAACUAGCUGAUGGAUCCCAGGUGGCUUCCGAAUCUUCUAGUGCCAUUACUCACGAAAAGAACCGCAACGACGCAGCGUCCCUGCACAAGAUGAAUCACACGAACGCCGACGGAUCGAAGACCCAGUUGGACGAAGGAUCCAAUCAGCACAGCGACCUGGAGACCCGUGGAGAGUCUGCCAGAAAGCAGAACUACCAGAAGUUGGGCAACGGAACGGAGAUGUCGAUGGACGUCGGAUACGAGAAAUCGAAGGCGACGGGAAGCGACACUUCGAGCUCCCACAUCGACUCGUUGGCGGACGACGGAAAGGGACAUUUCAAGAAGGAGAAGAACGGCACGGCGACACACCACGAGAUCGACAACAAGGACGUGAAGACGCAUUCGAACAGUAUCUCCACUUAA